CCCGCCGCCCGCCGGAGCAGCCCGGGCGCCGGCGCCCUUCCUCCCCCAGGACGUGUGCCGAGCCGAGCGCCUGCCCCGAGGGAGGAAAAAAUGCUCGGGCUCCAUGGCUGCCAGUGAUGGAGCGGUCCCUGGGCUCCCGCUGCCGCCGCCGCCACCACCACCACCACCGCCGCCGCCGCCGCGCCCCGGCCGCGCUCCGCGAGGACCCGGCGUCUCUGCGCGCCCGCCCGCGCCUCGUUGCUGGGCUCACCGUACCGGGCGCCCCGCCGCCGCCGCCGCUGCCGCCACCGCCGCCGCCGCCUCCUCCUCCUCCCCGCUCGCAGCCGCGCCGCCCGGGUCCCAGCCGCGGCCAGUCUUUCCUCCCGGAGCAGCCGUCGCGAGCCCAGGGGGUUUGAGAGGGGCCGCGGGCCGUGGGGGAGGCCCGAGCGGGGCCGGCCGCGCCGGCAGGGGAGGUUGGAGCGACGCUGAGCUCGGGGCUCGCCGGCGGCCGCGGCGCCGGGGGUGGCGAGGGCCGGGCGACCGCUCGCUCCGCGCUGCCUCGGUCGGUGCAGGGCGAGCGGCGGGGCUUUGCAGUGGCCGCCGCCGCCGCGGGAGGAGGGGGCUGAGCUGGCUCCGGAGUUGGCCAAAGAAGCCACCUGGUUCACCCGGUUCAUCCUCCCUUCCCGAAGCUAGCCCUCCUCGAAGGCAGGAGCAGCCGGCGCCUUCGGCAGAAGAGGAGGAGGAGGAGGAGGAAUCGCGUCGGGCGGAGCUUCAGGUCCUGUUCUCCUCUCCGGCUUCUCCAUACAAAGAUUACGGUGCAGAAGGAAAUUGCACUCGCCUCCUCCGCCCCCCGGUACCCAGCACAAUGCACCAGCCGCCGGAGUCCACCGCCGCGGCGGCCGCCGCUGCAGACAUUAGUGCUAGGAAGAUGGCGCACCCGGCAAUGUUCCCUCGAAGGGGCAGCGGUGGUGGCAGCGCCUCUGCUCUCAAUGCAGCAGGUACCGGCGUCGGUGGUGCUGCUCCAUCGUCUGAGGAUUUUCCUCCUCCUUCGCUGCUCCAGCCGCCGCCGCCUCCUGCUGCAUCUUCCACGCAGGGACCACAGCCUCCGCCUCCACAAAGCCUGAACCUCCUCCCGCAGGCUCAGCUGCAGGCACAGCCUCUUGCGCCGGGCGGAACUCAGAUGAAAAAGAAAAGUGGCUUCCAGAUAACUAGCGUUACGCCGGCUCAGAUCUCUGCCAGCAUCAGCUCCAACAACAGCAUCGCAGAGGACACCGAGAGCUACGACGAUCUGGACGAGUCGCACACGGAAGACCUGUCCUCUUCCGAGAUCCUGGAUGUGUCACUUUCCAGGGCCACUGACUUGGGUGAGCCUGAACGCAGCUCCUCCGAAGAGACUCUGAAUAACUUCCAGGAGGCCGAGACACCUGGGGCAGUCUCUCCUAACCAGCCCCACCUUCCUCAGCCUCAUUUGCCUCACCUCCCACAACAGAACGUUGUGAUCAAUGGAAACGCUCAUCCACACCACCUCCAUCACCACCAUCACAUUCAUCAUGGGCACCACCUCCACCAUGGACACCAUCACUCAUCCCAUGCUGCUGUGGCCAGUUCAUCCAUGCCUGGAGGGCCGCCCUCGAGCCCAGUGUCCAGAAGACUCUCUACAACUGGAAGUUCUGAAGGUGGGGUGCCGGUGGCACCGACUUCUGCUGUCUCAUCGAGUGGCCUCCCUGCCUCUGUGAUGACUAACAUCCGUGCUCCAAGUACUACUGGCAGCAUAGGUAUCAGUUCUGUUACGGGCCCGAGUGCCCCGAGUAACGUGAACGUCGCUGCCGUGGGUAGUUUCAGUCCUAGUGUGACAAGCAGUGUGCAUGGUAGUGCGAAUAUAAGUGCAAGCAAUAUUCCUAAUGCUGCUAGUGUAAGUGUCGGGCCUGGAGUUACCAGUGGUGUUAAUGUGAAUGUCUUGAGUGGCAUGGGCAAUGGUACUGUUUCUUCCUCUCCUGUAACUAACAGUGUCCUUAAUGCAGCUGCAGGUAUCACUGUAGGAGUGGUUUCAAGUCAGCAGCAGCAGCAGCAGCAGCAGCAGCAACCAACAGUUAACACGUCAAGGUUCAGAGUUGUCAAGUUAGACUCCACUUCUGAGCCCUUUAAAAAAGGUAGAUGGACUUGCACUGAGUUCUACGAAAAGGAGAAUGCGCCGCCGCCGCCGCCGGCCGCAGAAGGCGUGGUGGUAAAUAAAGCGGUGGAGACCGUGAAGCAGACCCCCGCGGAAGUGGCUUCGGAGAGGGAGAGCACCAGUGGGAGUUCCGUGAGCAGUAGUGUCAGCACCCUGAGCCACUACACAGAGAGUGUGGGCAGUGGGGAGAUGGGAGCCCCGAGCGUGGUGGUGCAGCAGCAGCCGCCCCCACCACCAGGUCUUCAAGGUGUGGCCCUCCAGCAGAUAGAGUUCGGUAGCCCCGGUCCACAGAGUAUUGCAGCAGUGAGUAUACCGCAGAGUAUUUCUCAGUCGCAGAUGUCCCAAGUCCAAUUACAGCCUCAAGAGUUGAGCUUUCAGCAAAAGCAAGGUCUUCAACCUGUACCUCUGCAAGCCACGAUGAGUGCAGCCGCGGUCAUCCAGCCUUCCUCCGUCAACGUGGUCGGUGUAACGUCGGCCGUGGGUCAGCAGCCUUCCAUUUCCAGUCUGGCUCAGCCCCAACUGCCGUAUUCUCAGACAGCGCCUGCCGUGCAGACUCCUCUUCCAGGGGCACCACCCCAGCAGUUACAAUACGGGCAGCCGCCGCCACCGCCAAUGGUUUCCACACAGAUAGCUCCAGGCCACGGCCAGUCAGUGACUCAGAAUCCUGCUUCCGAGUAUGGACAGCCGCAGCCAAUUCUUCAAGCAUCCGUGUCCUCCGGACAGGCCAGUUCUGCAGGACCCGGAGCAGGACCCUUAGGGAUCCCUGUGCCUCCGCCACAGGGGAUCCAGCUGCCAGCGCAGCCCACCGCCGCCGCCGUCCAAGCACAACCUGCAGGGGCAUCUGGGCAGCCCAUUGGCCAGGCUCAAACAGCAGUGUCUGCUCUCCCAGCCGGCAGUCAAAUGGCGAGUAUGGGUCCACAAGGUCCACAAGCAAACAUGGCCACGGCAGUCCAGCAGCCAUCUACCCAGGUUACACCUUCAGUUAUCCCGCAAGGUGCUCCGCCAUCUUCACAAGGAGUUCUGCCCGCUCCGACCGGGAUUCUUCAUCAGGGAGUUCAAACCAGUGCUUCAAGCCUUCCUCAGCAAUUGGUUAUCGCACCCCAGAGUACCUUGUUAACUGUGCCUCCCCAGCCGCAGGGAGUAGAAACCGUGGUCCAAGGGGUUGUUAGUCAGCAGUUGCCCGCAGGUAGUCCUUUGCCCUCUGCUAGUAGUGUUUCUGUUACCAGUCAGGUUAGUUCCGCUGGCCCUCCUGGAAUGCCUUCUGCCCCAACAAACUUAGCUCCACCACAGAAUAUAGCACAACCCCCGGCUACCCAAAAUGGCAGUUUGGUUCAGAGCGUUAGUCAAUCCCCCUUGAUAGCCACUAACAUCAGUUUGCCUUUGGCACAACAGAUACCACUAAGUUCUACUCAGUUCUCUACGCAAUCCUUAGCUCAGGCGAUCGGAAGCCAGAUGGAAGACGCCAGGCGCCCAGCGGAGCCCUCCUCAGCCGGCUUACCUCAGACUCUGAGCGGUGACAGUGGGGGAGUGUCAGCUGUUUCAGAUGGGAGUAGCAGCAGCCUGGCGGCCUCUGCUUCUCUCUUCCCGUUGAAGGUGCUACCGCUGACGACACCCCUGGUGGAUGGCGAGGACGAGAGCUCUAUUUCAGUGCUUCUCUCCUACCAGAGGUGCAAGGAGCGAAUCCUAGAGCCACAGAUACAGCCAAGACCACGGAGGCUUUUGACGUCAGGGGCCACUUUCUCCACUGAACCCUUGGAGACAGAAUGUCCAGCCUCUGGAGAGAGUGGGAAAGGAUGAGAAACAAGUGGGUGCUUUCCAUUGUUUACUUGGGUUUGCUUAGAGUGGAGUGUCCUGCCAUUGUCCACUUAUUCUGUUGCUAAUCCCCUUGGCUUCUGACAAGAACCAGGCGGGACUGUGACCUCGGUGUUUCUCAGAGUACUGUCUAGUGCCCAUUCAAAAACAAACUAAGAGUUAUUUCAUUUCUCUCCAGAUAAUUAAAGGUGUGGCUAGUCUGGGGCAUAAGCAUGGUUUAGUCCAUGUCUGUAGUUCACAGGAAUUUAAGAAAGGUAGGACUCCCGCUUUGGCCUUUAUUUUAAUGGUGGACUGGAUAGAGUUCUUUUAGAGUCCAGAAAUUGAAAUUCCUGUGCUUCAUCUUUGGGUGAGCUGGACAUCUGAGAUCUCUUAAUUUAUACAGUUGAAUGUCCAGGUGCCACCCUGCCCUGUUAGUGAGGACUUCCGGGUCUUUUCCUCCCAUAAAUGUUAGGCCUUCACACUCAGUCUCUUAGGAGAUGGAAUGAUGAUAGUACUGUUGCGCUUUACUGUUAAAUGUAGGCUUCAUUCUUAAAUACAAUGAGUCUUUUUCAGGAUGUAGUGCCCCUGAAAGUUACAUUUAAUACACUCAAAAGUAGUUUUCUAGUCCCUAGGAAUGACUAGAUUUCUCCUAGGGCAUUAAGAUGGUUCUUUCUUAGUUUCUUUGAUGCCAAGGGUAGGGUGUGAGUCCAGGCAGUUCUUACCAUCUACAGUGGGUAGAAUGUGAAGUUGGUGCUUUGGCAAGUUUUCAUUGUUUCCUUGGUGGCUUCCUUCUGUGACUCCAGGUAUCUUGAUAAUGGGAGACCGGUUUAUUUGUUCUCUAAUUGCCCAGAUUUCUUUCAACUGGUAAAACAUCAUACCUCUUCAGCAAAAGGAACUCUUCUAGCAGAGCCCUCAUGGAUGAUUUCUGUCACACAUGCCAGCACCUGCAGUUUGGAAGGCAGUGGUGAAUGGAUCCAUGCAGUAUGUCUAGAAGACACAAGGAUGAGCCAGCACCUGAUCUUGUUACUUACAAGCUUUUAAAGAUUUACUCUGGUUUAUUUUUGGUCUGAAAAUGGAAAGGCUCAAAUAAUGAAAUAAUCUUUUCAUAUUGGAGUUUUAUAUGGCCUGAAAAUAUUUAUUAUUCUGAAGACUGAAAUAGAGGAAGCUUGAGAGUCUUGUCUUUCAAAGCAGCUCUCUGUAUCUGUUUCACUUAAAAGAUUUGUGGGACUGAAAACCAUUUUAAUCAAGUAGACAACCGUCACUUUAAAAAGUAGCAUAAAAAAUAGAAAAAGCUUGAUGAACCCCCUCUACCUCCUCCUCUUUUGUUACCCAGUGAUAAAGGGCACUGACAAAUAAAGGGUGAGCCCGACUCUUCAAGAGUCUGUUCAUGUUAGGAUGUGCUCUCAGCUCAUCUCAUGCUGGUCCUGAGCCUUAUUCUUAGUGUAGUUUGUCUCAGAGACCAGUGGAGUCGGGUCUGUUUUUCUAAGUAGUGAAUGCUGCUUAGGGUUUCCUCUGUACUGAAGGCAUCUCUAUUUGAGUGAUGCAGAGGAGUUGGUCUGGAACAGAGGUAAUGCAAAGAGUCAGUGAACUUGCAGAUGUGAAGGAAAUGUAGUUAUCCAAAAUCACCAGCUAUCAAAAUAUUUGUUUCUUUGGUUAUCUAGUAACUUUCUAGAAACCAGUCAAAACUACUAAGGAAAACUGUAACAGUCACUUGAUGCUGCCAGUUCCUUUUAAUUUGGAAUAAGUUUUAAGAAGAGAAAUUGUAGAAUUAAUAUAAGAGCCAGCUGAAAUGUUAGGCUCUCAAAGUAUAAAAGCUACAUCUGCUAAAAUAUAAUCUGCUUUUAGUCUAUUUUGGCUAUAAGAACUAUUUUUUUUCUUAUAAAUUAUAAAUCAUUUUUCAGAAGUAUAAUGCUUACAAGUAAAUUUGUUAGAGAUAAUUUUGAAUGGAAAAUUUCCUCACAGAACUCUGAAUUCCCAUAGAAUUACAGUUUUGUAUUCCUGACUUAAUAAGAUAGUUCAUAAAUACAUAUAAACAAAAACCAAAUUACCUAACAUUUUAGUAAGAACUCAGGGAGCUGAAAGUGAGGUUUGCCUAGAAAUUUAGUUGCAUUCUUUAAACCACUGUGGAAACCAUUUUAUGGCCUGAGGUCACUAGCCUUUUGUCUCAGCACUGAAGACAGAAAGUGAUUUAACCUCAGAAUCUCAAGCUUUAAUUAAUCUCAGCUAUGUUCUUAAAGUAUGCAAAAGAAAUGUCAGUGCGUUUCCAUUACCUCCUGCACUGGGAGCUCUUUCAGAGUGAAACUUUGUAUAUUACUGUGUACUGAUUUGUUUCCAAUUUUAAUUUUGAUGCAUUUUCUUUCAGAGUUUUAACGAACAAUUUCGUGUCACAAUAUGCAAUUCUAUAUCAUUUCCGUGUUUAUUUUAUAAAUAUUAAUAUAAGUGAUUCCUUUUCUAGAAUGAUUAAUUGUGUAAUAUUUGUAUUAUGUGAUUAUUUGAAAACUAAUAAAUAUUUUCUCCAUGGAAAAAUGCA